GAACGCUUCAAUUCAAACCUACCCAACCGCCGAAAAUGUAUUAAAAAGCUAUUAAUAUAUUCUCACUCAGUAUAGAAAUGGUGUGAACGCUGAGAAAAUGAGUGGAAAUGUCAGCAUGGAUGCUUCCUUGGUUUUCAAGUUCAGAAACAAAGCUUUAUAGCAGAAAAGCUGCUUCGUUGUUCUUCAGAUUCUAGUUUCAGCCGUUUAGGUAAGAACCCAUCUCGAUUUUUCUACUUUCUCUAUGAGUUUGCCUUGAGUUUCAGGUUCUUAGAGUGCUAGGAAUGGAUUCUGGUUUCAAGUUUGGAAACAGGGCUCUGUGAAUGCUUUUUGUUCUUCAGUUCAAGUUUCAGUCAUUUGGGUAAGAAUCCAUCUUGAAUUUCUAGUUCUUUGUGAUUUCCGAGUGAGUUUCAGUUUGUGUUAGAAGUAACUAUGGAAUCAGUUAUCAAGUUUUUCUACUUGUUCAUCUCUGUUAUUGUUUGUACUUGUAUCUGUGAUGCCUCUGCUUUGAGUUCCGAUGGUGAAGCUCUGCUUUCUCUGCUCAAUAACCUAUCAGUCCCUCCCUUGAUCAAUUCAAGCUGGAAAUCAUCGGACUCCACUCCCUGUUACUGGAAAGGAAUAGAAUGUGACCUCAGGCACAAUGUGAUCUCGUUGAACUUGUCAAAUCUGGGGAUUUCUGGUACGUUGGGACCUGAGAUUGGCCAUCUUAGGUACCUAAGGACCAUUGAUUUUAGCCUCAACAAUCUCUCGGGUUCACUACCAGCAGAAUUAGAGAGUUGCAGAUUUCUCAAAUAUUUGGAACUUUCGUCAAAUGUAUUCACUGGUGAGAUACCAGGAAGCUGGGAAAUUUUGAGGAAUAUAUGGUAUUUCUCCCUUUUUGAGAAUUCCCUGAGUGGAGAGAUACCUAAAUUCUUGUUCCAACUUCCAAAUUUGGAAACUGUGUACCUUUCCAACAAUAGGUUCAAUGGUUCAAUCCCAUCAAAUGUAGGAAAUGCAACUCAGCUUGUUUUCCUGUGGUUAAAUAAUAAUGAGUUAUCAGGAACUAUACCACCCUCUAUUGGGAAUUGCACUAAACUGGAAGAUCUUUAUCUGAAUGAUAACCAAUUGACUGGAGUUUUGCCUGACAAUCUGAACAACCUUGAAAACCUUGUAAAUUUGUAUGUUGAAACAAACAGUCUAAGUGGUAAGAUUCCUUUGGGUUUGGGUCAUUGCAAGAGAUUGAAUGUGUUGGUUUUAUCUUACAACAAGUUUAUCGGAGAAAUCCCUUCAGGCUUGGGCAACUGUAGUGGCUUAACAACCUUUGCUGCUGUUGGUAUUGGUUUAACGGGGCAUAUUCCAUCUUCCAUUGGUUUAUUAACUGAGCUUACACAUCUAUACCUUUCUGAAAACCUUUUGUCGGGGAAAAUACCGCCUGAGCUUGGGAACUGUAAAUCCCUGGAAGAGUUAAUCUUGAAGGAAAACCAGCUCAAAGGAGAAAUUCCGAGAGAACUGGGGAUGUUGAAAAGCUUAAAGCAACUCCAUUUGUACACCAACCAUUUAACUGGGGAGAUUCCUACAAGCAUUUGGAAGAUUCCAACCCUUGAGGUUUUCCAUGUUUAUAACAACAACUUGUCCGGGGAAUUGCCUUUGGAGAUGAUUGAGCUACGAAACUUGAAAAACAUUUCACUGUACAACAACAAGUUUUCUGGAGUCAUACCCUCAGCCUUGGGGAUAAACAGUAGCUUAUUGCAGUUGGAUUUCACUAACAAUUUGUUUUCUGGUGAAAUCCCACCAAACCUUUGCUUUGGGAAACAAUUGCUUAUCUUGAACUUGGGUCUCAAUCUACUACAUGGGAGCAUACCUGCCGAUGUUGGAAGCUGUCCAACCUUGACAAGGUUGAUUCUCAAAGAAAACAAUUUUGGUGGCUCUCUUCCACAUUUCAUUGAAAACCCAGACCUCUUAUUCAUGGAUAUCAGUGGAAAUAAUAUAAAUGGGACAAUUCCUUCAAGCUUGGGGAAUUGUAAAAAUCUUGCAUCAAUUGACUUGUCUCGGAAUAAGUUGACAGGGUCUAUACCACAUGACCUUGGAAACCUUGUGGGUUUGGGGCGUUUGAAUCUCUCCUAUAACCAUUUGCAAGGUCCCUUUCCUCCGGGUAUCACAAACUGUGUUAAGCUGUAUUAUCUGAAUGUGGGUUCCAACUCAUUGAAUGGUUCAAUUCCCCAAAAUAUGAGGAACUUAAAAGAAUUAACAAAUUUGAUUUUGGGAGAAAAUUGGUUUACUGGGGGAAUUCCAGAUUUCUUGCCAGAAUUUGAUAAACUUCAAGAGCUGCAAAUUGGGGGAAAUAUGUUGAGCGGAAAUAUUCCUUCAUCAAUUGGAGAAUUACAGAGUCUGAACAUUGCUUUGAAUCUCAGUGGUAAUGGAUUGACUGGGGAAAUUCCAUCAGAGAUGGGGAAGUUGACUAUGCUCCAAAGAUUAGAUAGUUCUUACAACAAUCUGACAGGAAGUUUAGCCAUACUUAAUCAAUUACAGUCACUAAUUGAGGUGAAUGUCUCAUAUAAUCUCUUCACUGGUCCAAUACCAGGUACAUUGAUGAAUUUGUUGAGUUCUUCUCCAUCUUCAUUCUUGGGGAAUUCUGGCCUUUGUGUUGAUUGUAAUCUGAUUAGUGCUGAAUCUUGUGACCAUAACAUUUUAAGUCCAUGUCAACAACAUCAGUCAAGUGAUUAUAAGAAAGGCCUCAGUAAGCUAAAGAUUGCAAUGAUAGCUCUUGGAUCAUCAUUGUUUUGUGUUCUGAUGGUUCUCUUGUUGAGCUAUUUGCUUUGGUGGUACAAAAGAGAAUCACUUGACAUUAAAAUCUCUGCCUGUGAAGGUCCACCUUUGUUACUGAACCAGGUGAUGGAGGCUACAGACAAUCUGAAUGAGAGAUUCAUUAUUGGAAGAGGAGCUCAUGGGACUGUCUACAAGGCAUCUUUGGGUCUGGAGAAGCUGUAUGCCGUGAAGAAGUUCACAUUUGCAGGACAGAAAGGGGCACGUGCAAGCAUGAUCAGAGAAAUCCAGACCAUUGGGAAAAUCAAGCACCGGAAUCUUGUGAAAUUUGAAGAGUUCUGGUUAAGAGAGAAGUAUGGAUUGAUCUUGUACAAGUACUUGGAGAACAGAAGCCUCCAUGAUGUAUUACAUGAGCUCAACCCGGCUCCAGUCCUUGGGUGGGACAUCCGUUAUAGAAUAGCACUGGGAACAGCCCAUGGAUUGGCUUAUCUCCAUGACGACUGUAAUCCUCCUAUUGUGCACAGAGAUAUCAAACCGAGCAACAUACUUUUGGACUCAGAUAUGGAGGCUCAUAUCUCUGAUUUUGGCAUUGCCAAGUUCAUGAAUGACUCUUCCACUUCAAAUCUGUCAGCCACAGUUGCGGGCACCAUUGGAUAUUUUGCACCAGAGAUUACAUAUGCAAUGGGAAAGGGCAAAGAAGUAGAUGUGUACUCCUAUGGGGUUGUCUUGCUUGAGUUGGUAACCCGGAAAAAGGUUGUGGAUACUUCAUUACCAGAAGGCAUAGACUUGGUGAGUUGGGUACGCUCAACCUGGAUCAACACUAAAUCCAUCAAUGGAAUUGUGGAUCCUAGCCUAAUGGAAGAAAUUAUGGAUUCAAUUGUCAUGGACGAAGUAAUUGAUGUACUAUUGGUUAGUUUAAAAUGUACAGCAAAGCAGCCAAGUGAUAGACCGCUGAUUAAAGAUGUUGUGAAACAACUAAUUGGUGCAAAAGCUAAAGGUCCGGAUAAGUUCAAACACUGUAAUUCACAAAUCCAACUAUAAUGUAAGAAAUAGAUGAUGGUGGAGGACUGUAGGGAAAGAAGACCGAUAAGAAGAGAUGUAGUGAAGCAACCAUUGAGUGUUUUGUAAUCAUGAUUGUGUAACUUUUUUAAAUUUUUAUUAAAUAUGCUGAUUAUAAUUUUCA